AUGUAUUUGAUAUCACCAAAAUCAAUAAUUGUUACAAUAAUAUUUUUACUUUCCUUACUGACUAUAGUAUCAUCUAACAAUGACGAUGAUGAGCCACAAAAUCAAGUGACAACAAACACCAAUACUCCAAAAACAACACCGACUGAAGUUGAUCCAACGGUUCCAGCAGUACAAGUGAUAAUCACCGAACCCGCUUCGCCAAAAAAUAAUAUCUAUAAAAUAGGAUUUAACAUUAAAUUUGGUUGGAAAUACUCGCAAAAUUUUUCGAUAUCUCCGGAACAAAUUAAUGUAUUUGCAAAAACACAGUCGCAACAACUUUACACAGUUGCUGCAAACCUCACAGGAAAUACAACUGAAGUAAUCUGGGAUACUUCGAAACAAUCAUCAUCCGGUAGUGGUAGCCUGCCAAUGAGUACCUAUAGGUUAUUUAUAUUUGAUGAACGUGGCAUUGACGCCCCUCCGUCACCGGGUCGUUUACAAGCAUUUUCUGGAUUGAAUUUCUAUUUGUAUACGCCGGGUGGAAGAACCGACCUUCCAGAAUAUACAUGUGCUGUUUGUCAAGGUGAUGCAACUCAAAAUGGUUUACCGUUUAUGCCACUUGUUAUUACAUAUGCUUUUUCAACAACAACAUCAAAUAACUUUCCCAACUUUUAUAAUAAAUGGGACUAUAUUAUUGAUGAAAAUCACAACAACAAUGUAAAGACUCCCUCUUCUGCCGGUUCUUCUUUAUUAUAUAAACUAUAUAAUAAUAACAAUAUUCGAAAAACCGAUGACGAUCAAAAACGUAAAUUGGAAAUGGUGGAAGACGUUGCCCAACAAUUACCAACAAAAUUAAGUCAUAAUUUAAAUACAGACUCAAUAACGCAUUCUGAUUUAAUGACUCAACAAUCUCGAUCAAAUCAAAUAAAUACUGCAACGGAAGAUUCUGAUCAACAACUACUUCGACCUCCGAAAAAAAAACCAGGCAGAAAACCUUCAACGAAUACUGCUAUCUCUAAACGUAAAGCACAAAAUCGGGCUGCUCAACGUGCAUUUCGUGAAAGAAAAGAUCGUUAUGUUAAAGAUCUUGAGAAAACCAGCAAUUAA